AAAGCCCGUGCAGACUAGAAUUUCUUCAUAUCUGCCUGUCGGACUCACGACCUGGAUUUCUGCACGAGACAGGAAAGUACAGUAUGCGGAAGCUCAACAUAUUUGUCCCUCCCAGUCAGUCAUUCAGGGCUAUUAAACGUGUCAGCUUACAAUCAUGUACAUUCGCUGUGGAUAUGGACGGACACACACCUGGAGAGCCCGUGGAUAUGAACGCAGUGGCUGUAGUGUGUCGUCGUGCUUGGAACGCCGUGGAACCUCGGGACAGGACCGAGAUGAAGAGUCCCGCACAGACUGUGAUCAUUCACCACACAGCGCUCCGGUUCUGCGCGCAUCCGCGAGAAAGCGUCCCUCAGCUCGCUCACAUCCAACACAUGCACAUACAAGAGAGGGGCUUCGACGAUAUCGGUUACAACUUUCUGAUCUCUGGAGAUGGGAUGGUGUAUGAAGGGCGAGGAUGGGGGGGGAUUGUAGGGGCCCAUGCAAAGGAACACAAUUUCAAUUCUGUUGGCAUCGCCUUCAUGGGCAACUUCAACUAUGAAAUGCCCAGUUCUGCAUCACUGUCUGCUCUGCUGAGAUUGCUACACAUCGGAGUGCUUCACGGUCAUGUACAGCCCAAUUUUGUGCUUGUGGGACACAGAGACGUGGCAAAAACUGAGUGUCCGGGGGAACAUUUAUAUGCUCUACUACCAAAACUAAGAGACCAGUUACAAAAUGAACUCUUUUCUGUGCACUCGUUGCAUUAAAUCCCUGCUGUGUGUGUAGCAAUGUGUGAAUGUGAAAAUGUAUGAUAGGUUUAUUUUUGCUCUAAAAUUACAUGUAACAGUCUUGUGUGCCUUGUUAAAACCCCUGAUUAAAAUCUCCUAAAGUA